GACUUUUGGAUCUCGAAUUUCUCGAAGCAUCCGACUUCCAGCUGAUCCCCUGUAAACAUGGCUCUCACUGGCUCUAUGUCAUUUCUGAGAUCUUUAAGUUAUCCUUCUCGGAUAAUUUUAGCUCGUAUAAAUUGUGUGCAAAAUGCGUCAAGAAGAUCAGCGUCCCACUUCAGUUAUGUUGCUGAUACUGUCGAUGCGGCUGAUGGUCAAGCUACAUCCCGAAUAAAUAUGUUUCAAGCCAUUAACAAUGCUCUGGACACAGCACUUAAAACGGAUGACACUGCAGUGAUAUUUGGAGAAGAUGUAGCAUUUGGUGGAGUCUUUAGGUGCACCCUUGGUCUGCAGGACAAGUAUGGGAAAGAUCGUGUGUUUAAUACGCCGCUUUCAGAGCAGGGUAUUGCUGGUUUUGGUAUUGGCGUAGCUGCUGCAGGGUCAACAGCUAUUGCUGAAAUACAGUUUGCUGACUACAUAUUUCCUGCAUUUGAUCAGAUCAUCAAUGAAGCAGCAAAGUUUCGAUACCGUAGUGGAAAUUUAUUCAAUUGUGGAAGCCUUACCAUUCGAUCACCUUGCAGUGCAGUUGGACAUGGCGCACUUUAUCAUUCACAGAGCCCGGAGGCUUAUUUUGCUCACACGCCUGGCUUAAAGGUGGUGAUUCCUAGAGGACCAAGGAAAGCGAAAGGUCUUCUGCUGUCCUGCAUUCAGGACCCAGAUCCUUGUCUUUUUCUUGAACCAAAAGUAUUGUACAGAGCAGCUGUGGAAGAUGUUCCAACGGAAGACUAUACCUUACCCCUGGGUAAAGCUGAUGUACUUGUUGAAGGAGAUGCAGUUACACUCAUAGGUUGGGGUACUCAAGUCCAUGUCCUGCAUGAGGUAGUAAAACUUGCCAAAGAGGAGAUGGGCGUCAAAUGUGAACUUAUAGACCUUGUGUCUAUUCUGCCCUGGGAUAGGGAGACCAUUUUUAAGUCUGUUAAGAAAACUGGCCGAGUCAUUGUGGCUCACGAAGCUCCACUGACAGGAGGAUUUGGUGCAGAAUUGGCAGCAUCAAUCCAGGAGGAGUGUUUUCUUCAUUUGGAAGCACCUGUUCAAAGAGUUACUGGUUUUGACACCCCAUUUCCACAUAUAUUUGAACCCUUCUAUUUGCCUGACAAGUGGCGCUGUCUUGAUGCCAUUAAAAAGGUCUUAAAAUAUUAAUGAGCAUGGUCUCACUUUUCCUUUAUAGAGCACGAAAGUACAAACAAAGCAUUGCUCAAAUUGAUAGUCUUUUCAACUUGUUUUUGUUUUUAAAUCUCAAAGGCUGAUACAUUGACUGAUUGAUUGAUUGAUUGGUUUUGUGAAUUUAAGCACUGCAUUUCUUGUUUUUGUUUUUUGAAAUAUUGACUGAUAUAUAUGUAUUCAUACAAUUCCUACUUGCCACUUUAAAUUUAUCUAAUUCCUAUUUUCCGCUUUACAAAUUGUUGUGUUG